AUGACUGAGAGCCCAGCCAUCGACAGUGAGCGCCCCUCGGACGCCGCGGACCCCGUGCUGCAGCCCGCGCUGUCGCCACCCAACAAACGGAGCCCCACCGGCAUGCACAAGGAGCUGCUCCUCGACGACAAGCGCCUCGCCAGCCGCCUGUUGCAGUCCCGCGUGGGGCGCGACAAGCAGCGCUAUGACGGCAACACGCGGCUGCUGGCGUGCAUCGUCGUCUCGCGCCGUCAACGUGGCGCUGCUGCCGUCGAGUUCCUGCUCAUCUCAAGCUCCAAGCACCCGACGCAGUGGAUCCUGCCCAAGGGCGGGUGGGAGAACGACGAGUCUGCGGCGGAGUGCGCUCUGCGUGAAGCCGACGAAGAAGCGGGGGUCACGGGGGACAUCGUGGGCGAACUCGGCACGCUGGACUUCGCCAGUCAGCAGGGCAAGCCGUGCCGAUUCUACGGCUUCAAGCUGGCCGCCACGCAGGUUUUCCUCGACUGGGCCGAGAACACCCGACAGCGCAAGUGGGUCUACCUCGAGGAGGCUCGCGAGCUGCUACAGCACCGACCCGAGCUCGUCGAGAUGGUCUCUCGCGCGGCGGCGCUCUGA